CUGAGGUUUAGUUCUUGUCGACGCCCCGUGGGAAGCAGCUGUGGUGACAGCAGAGUUUCAGCAGCUGGUAGUCAAAACGUGCUGCUUGUUCAUCAUGAAGGUCGCGCUGCUGAUCGUGCUGCUCGCAGUGUCAGGAUGUGACGGCAGGAGCGUUGUUGGUCAGACGGGUCAGAAUGUGACUCUGCCUUGUGAAUAUAAGAUAAAAGACCAUGGAGCAGUGCAUGUUUGCUGGGGAAAAGGAGAAAUACCAAGUUCUGGCUGCAACAAUCAGCUCAUCUCUACAAACGGACAUGAAGUUGUGACCAGUGUUUCCAGCAGGUAUCAGCUACUGGGACAACUGGAUCAAGGAGACGUUUCUCUGACCAUCCUCAACCUCACAGAGGAAGAUGCUGGAAGAUACGGCUGCAGAGUCCAGAUAAACGGACCAUUCAAUGAUCAAAAACAUCAUUUUGACUUGAGAGUUGAAAGAGCUCCGACCACCUGGGCUCCAUCAGAACCUCAGACGUCCUCAGAGGGACCAGCUGCUGCUCAGACUGCAGCAGAUCAGCUGACCACAGAGAGCCUCCUGACUUCCUGUUCUAACAGCAGCAGCUUCACACAGGAGCAGCAGGAGGGCAACAUGCUGACUGUGGUUCUGGUGCUGGUUCUGUUCUUGCUGGUGGUUCUGCUCACUGCAGCAGGACUCUUCAUCAUGGCCAGAAGAUGGAAGCAGCUCAAACUGCCUCCCCAGCAGAAGCAGCAGCUGUGGCAGCAGGUCCAGUUCAGCUCCACCUCCUCCACCCUGCAGCUGCAGCUGCACCAGCGGGCCUCCGCCGUGGAGAACGUCUACCAGAUAGACGGAGCCGCCGACAGGGGAGGAGACUACGAGUUCUGCCCCUGAGGCUCCGCCCACUUCCAGCAUCGCCGUGGAGACAGGAAACAUAACGGGAGCCGUCCAAUCAGAGCUCAGCUGGCAGGUUGAUGUUCAGGUCAGAAGGUCAGGUUAGGGGAUGAGGAUCAUCAUCAUUAAUAUUAUUGUUAAUAUUAUUAUCAUUGUUAUUGUUACUAACGUUUGACAUGAAGCUGAUUCAGGGUUUAAAUGUUUAAAACGAGGAUUAAUGAAUCAUUUUUAACGAUCUGAGCUUCGUUUCUGACGGUGAUGCUAAACAGUGAAACGCUCAUGACUCAAAACCUGGAAGGUCAGGGGUCAGAGGUCAGAGACUGGAAUGACAUCAUUAGAGAAGAAACUUCCUGCGGGAAACCAUUAAACUCUGUGGGGAAACGGAAAACCUUCUGCUGGAUCAGAACCGCUUCUGGUUGGUGGGGGAACCCAGAGGUUCUGGUUCUGGUUCUGGACCUCCUGGAGGAAGCAGGUUCUUGUUUUUCUGUUUGUGAACUUUGUGAUUUUAUUUCUGUGUUUAUUAAUUUCUGCCUGGAAACCUGAGAAACUUGGUCCAUUAAAUCCACUGAAAACUUUUUACUGUGGAUCAUGAACACAGAGUCUGACUGACUGAAGGCUCAUAGUUAAUAUUAAUCCCAGUGUAAAGUCAGAUUAAAGUGUUUCUGUAUUUUAACAAAUGUUUCUUUGAUGUUUCGUCUCUUUUGUUUUUUCUUUCUGUCGUUUUGAGAAUCCGUCUGGUUUCCUGUAGAAAUAAAACCUGACGGUUUUUCUCACCUGCCGUCAUUUGAGACGUUGAACGUGAAUCAACAACAAUAACCUGGAAUAUAAUCCAUAUAAUCCCUCACUAAUCUGCUCCUCUAAAGCUGAUUAGUGCGUUGGUCUUCUUCCUACUUUAAAAUAACUUUGCUAUUUAUCAGUAAUUAUAUUUAACAUCUCAAUAAAAUCUGUUUAAAUUCACUUUUUUCU